UACAUAUAUGCCUCACCAAACGCAUCUCUCAAACUCAAAAACAGAUUCUCUUUCGUCUCAGUUUUCUUUCUCGCCCUCGUGGCUGUAUCUCUUUUCUACUCUUCAGAUCCGUUUUGCGUUAGCCGAUCCGACCCGUUCCUGAACGACCUAACGGACUCUCUUCUCUUCUGUUAAUUCGAUCGAUACUCGCCAGGAUGGCAGAUCCUCAGAUUAGUAAACUCAGCGCCGGAAGCCGGCAGCAGCCGAGUCGAUUGCAGCGGCGUGCACCGUCAUCGUUAUUGAUAAAUCGGUCGUGCGAGUGGAACGUUGCGAUUCCACUUUUGUCGCCGACGAUGGAGGAACUACCGCCGGUGGUGACUUCGACGGAAGGAGCGCCGCCGAAAGAGCAGCCGCAGCAACAGAAAAGGCUUCCUAGUGCGGAGCCGGAGAAUGUGGUUUUCCAGAAGUGGCAGCAUCCGGCGGCACCAUUCUGCUACGAUCCGCCGCCAUCUACGGUGGUGGCUCCGUUCGUCCCGGUGGAGUUGUGAAGACGCAGCAGGUGGGAGGAUGAUCGGAUGGUUGAGAAUAAAUCAGGAGAAGAUCUGACGGUGUAUGUUUGGUGGAGAAGCUUUUUCUGAUUUUGCUUACGUAGGAUAUAAAUAUGAACAUGAUUUUGCCAAAAAAGUCCAUACAAGUAGCCAAGGAGGUAUGAUUGACAAGUCCAUAGAAAUUUUAACCUGUGAACAAGAAACUUUUCAACUUCCCUUUUUUUUUACUUUUCUAGAUGAUAAUGAUGAUGAUGAUGGAUUUACGAGUAGCUUUUUCACUCCUCCUUUUUGAACUAAAAAGUUAAAUCCCCCAAAAGUUACUGCAAAUAUAAAUUAUAGGCAUACUUUAUGUGUGUUUGCAUAUCACGCUAUUUAGAUUUAGUGAUAUAUUUUAGGCAGAAUUACAAGUCCCAGCAAAAAAAAUUUAAUUCUCUUAAAAUUUAUUAACAAGUGAAGAUUAAGAAUAAGUAAUGAUAAGUAAGAAAUAAUAAUAACUUUAGGUUCAUCGCUUAUCAUUAGGAUUUUUUGUAAUUAAAUUUUUUGUUAAGACCUUUUGAUGAUUCUCUUUA